CCAUUUCAUGAAAUCUAGGAAAAGGGUUCAACUUUAGCCAUGCCUUUCAUUAUAUUUAUCAUACAUCUUUCAAUCCUCUCCGUCUUUUCUAGAGCAGACCCUCUUUACACAGAUUGUUCAUCUAACAUAAACUACAGAAGUAACAGCGAAUUUGAAAACAACCUCAGGCUUCUCCUCAACGACUUGUCCUCAAACACAAGCCGCGGCACACCUCUAGGAGGUUUCUACAACACCUUCGCUGGAGAGAACCAGGAUAUAGUCUAUGGACAAACGCUUUGUAGAGGCGAUGUUAACUCUACUGUCUGUCAGAAUUGCAUCAAGGACGCGGGCGAUCGUAUCUUGAACAAUUGCAAGAGUGAAGAUGCGAUUAUAUGGUACGAGCUUUGCCAAGUUCGAUACUCGUUUGAGAUCAUCGUGCCAAUGCAGGUCUAUACUGGGAUGUUUCCGGAGACUAAUAAGAAGAAGAAGCCUGUAAAAGACCCCAUUUUGUUUAACAAAGUUUUGAUGCAUUUGAUGCUUAAACUUUCUGACAAAGCCGCGUUUAAUGCUUCUAACCGCAUGUUCGCAACAGGGAAAAUCAAGUUUUCGGAUGAGGAGACCAUCUAUGGUCUGUUACAGUGUACCAGGGACAUCUCUGGGGGUGACUGUAAUAACUGUUUCCAAUCAGUCUUUUCGGAACUUACCGAAUGCUGCUCCGAUCGCCAAGGUGGAACUGUCGUUAGUGAGAACUGUAACGUGAGGUUUGAGCUUUACCAAUUCUACAACGAAGGGGCUAAAUUGAAGAUUUGGGAGGUUAUGGCGGUCACUUUGGCGUCGGCUUUGCUAGUACUUAUCAUCAUUGGGUCUUGUACGGUAUAUUUCCAACAUUUGAAGAGAAGACAAAGAGAUAACAAAAGUGAGCGCGCUCUGUUACAAGAAUUGGCAAGCCCCACGGCUGUAACGAUCACACAAGAAGGUAAUCUGGUGACUUCCGAGGAACUUCCUUUCAUGGAUCUGACCACUAUAAGGGCCGCCACCGACGACUUUAAGGAUUCAAACAAGCUUGGUCAAGGUGGUUUUGGCACUGUGUACCAGGGUGUGCUGCCAAAUGGAGAGGAAGUAGCAGUGAAAAGAUUGUCGAAGAAGUCGUGGCAAGGCCUAGAAGAGUUCAGAAAUGAGGUCAAACUUAUUGCAAAACUUCAACAUCGGAACCUAGUGAGGCUCUUGGGAUGUGGCAUAGAGGGAGAGGAAAAGCUUUUGUUGUAUGAGUUCAUGCCAAACAGAAGCCUUAACUUCUUCAUCUUUGAUUCAGAAAGACGGUCUCAACUUGAUUGGAAGACUUGCUACAAUAUAAUUGGUGGAAUUGCAAAGGGGCUUCUUUAUCUUCAUGAGGACUCCCGGCUUAAAAUCAUUCAUAGAGAUCUCAAGCCAAGCAAUGUACUAUUAGACCAUGAAAUGGUUGCUAAAAUAUCAGACUUUGGCGUGGCAAGGAUAUUUUGUGAGAAUCAAAACACCAAUAACACCAAAAGAGUUGUAGGAACAUACGGAUACAUGGCUCCAGAAUAUGCAAUGGAGGGAAUAUUCUCCAUAAAAUCCGAUGUUUUUAGCUUUGGCGUGAUCUUGCUUGAGAUAAUUAGCGGCAAAAAGAACAAUGGAUUCCACCUUACAAAACAAGCCCAGACAUUACUUGGAUAUGCAUGGCGACUAUGGAAGGAAGGAAAAGAGCUGGUAUUUGUGGACCCUUUGUUGAGAGAAUCAAGUUCGAGGCCAACGGACGAGAUUCGAAGAUGCAUACAUAUUGGGCUUCUAUGUGUCCAGGAAGAUCCAGCAGAUAGGCCCACCAUGUCAAGUGUCGUUGUCUUUUUGAAGGGAAGUGAGUCAGUUUCACUUCCUGAACCAAGACAACCAGCAUUUGCUGUGGGUAGAGUCGCUGUUCCCAAUGAUCAGUCAAUGUCAUCAACAGAUCCUACCAUCAACGGGCUUACUAUUUCUACCAUAUCACCACGCUAA